ACCGAUCGCAGAGCUCUCGCCUGCAGCGGCGGCACCGAGGCAAAGCACCGAUCGAGAGCUACUCGCCUGCAGCUGCGCGAUGGCACCGGCGCGCGCAGCCGACGACCUCAAGUACGACGAGGCGGCGGGCCGGCUCGGCCUCACCUACGGCCUCCUUGCCGCCGACGCGCCGCCCGCGCCGCCCGCCGCUGCGGCCAAGGCCGCGGGCAAGGCCCCGGCCGCCGGGACGGGCGGCGCGGCACCGGCGCCCGCGGAGAAGAAGGGCAAGGGCAAGGGCAAGGGCAAGGGCGAGGGCCCGCCCAUGGAGGCGGCCCUGCCCGCGCGCGAGCUCCUCGGGUCGGUGAACUUCCCGCGCGACGACGCGCGGCUCGGCGCGGCCAAGGACCGCACGUUCUACGUGACGACGGCGAUCAACUACGCGAACGGGUCGCCCCACAUGGGCCACGCCUACGAGGCGCUGGUCACGGACGUCGUCGCGCGCUACUGGCGCCUCUGGGGCGCGGAGACCCACUUCCUCACGGGCGCGGACGAGCACGGCCAGAAGAUCGCGAACACGGCGGCCAAGGAGGGCAAGCGGCCCAUCGAGCUCGUCGACGAGUGCGUCGCCAAGUUCAAGGCCCUGGACGCGCGCCUCGACGUGUCCUACGACGACUACCUGCGCACGACGUCGGAGCGGCACAAGGCGUGCUGCCGCGAGCUCUGGCGCCGGUGCUCGGCCUCGGGCGACGUCUUCCUCGAGCGCUACGACGGCUGGUACGACGAGCGCGCGGAGUGCUUCGUCAAGGCGUCCGACGCCCAGCUCCAGAACUUCUGCGACGCCGACGGCAUCCCGCUGAAGCGCACGAGCGAGGAGUGCUACUUCUUCAAGCUCGGCAAGUACGCGCCGGCGAUCCGCGCGCACGUCCUCGCGAACCCGCACUUCGUCGAGCCCGAGAGCCGGCGCAAGGAGGUCCUGCUCAUGCUCGACGACGCCGAGGACAUCGAGAAGCUUUCCAUUAGCCGCACGACCUUCGACUGGGGCGUCGGCCUGCCCGAGGGCUUCGACGCGGGCCACGUCAUGUACGUCUGGAUCGACGCGCUGACGAACUACGUCACGGGCGCGGGCGGCCUCGCCGAGAAGAAGGCCGCCGGCGACCCCUGCCUCGAAGCGGCGGGCAAGUGGCCCGCGGACAUCCACGUCAUCGGCAAGGACAUCGUCCGGUUCCACGCGAUCUACUGGCCCGCGUUCCUCAUGUCCGCGGGCCUGCCGCUGCCCAGGUCCGUCUUCUGCCACGGCUUCGUGCUCGACGCGGCGGGCACGAAGAUGUCGAAGACGCUGGGCAACGUCCUCGACCCGAACGCCUUGCUCGACGCGCACGGCUCCGACAGCUUCCGCUACUUCUGCGUCAAGGACGCGUCGCCGGGCGCGGACGUCAAGUUCUCGGAGACGUCGCUCAUCCUCGCGCACAACAACGAGCUCGCCGACGCCUUCGGGAACCUCGUGCACCGCGCGACGGCCUUCGCGCAGUCCAAGUGCGGCGGCAAGGUGCCCGCGCCACAGGCCGUCGCGGGCCUCGGCCGGCCCUUCGACCUCGACGCGCUCCGGGCCCAGCUCGGCGAGGCCAUGGAGAAAUUGGACGUCGCGGCCUACGCCCAGGCGGCCAUGGCCGCCGCGCGGGGCUGCAACAAGUGGGUCACGGACCUCGAGCCGUGGAAGAUGAAGGACGACCUCGCGGCCAAGCGCACGGAGACGCUCCGGCUGCUCCUCGAGGCCUGCUACGCGCUCGCGCUGCUCCUGGCGCCCCUCGUGCCGCGCGCGGCGACCUUCGCGCUGCGGCGCGUGGGCGGCGCGCCCGCGCCCGUCUCCGCGCUGCGGCCGACGUUCGACAACCUCGCGCCGGGCGGCGCCGUGACGCCGGGCGCGCCCCUCUUCGCGCAGCGCGAGCUGCCCGGCGAGGGCAACGUCAAGGACGCCCUGGCCAAGGAGAAGAAGGCCAAGGGCCCGGCGUCGAAGAAGGCGCCCGCGCCGCCGCCGCACAAGGACCACCCGUCGGGCGAGGACGACACGGCCGCGAGCCGCCUCGCGCUCGUCGUCGGCAAGAUCGUCGACGUCUGGCCCCACCCGGACAGCGACAAGCUCUUCUGCGAGAAGAUCGACUGCGGCGAGGCCUUCGGCGGCGUGCGCGAGGUCGCGUCGGGCCUCCAGAAGCACUACGCGCGGGCGGACCUCGAGGGCCGCCUCGUGCUCGUGGCCGCGAACCUCAAGGCCAAGAAGCUCGCGGGCUUCCCCUCCAACGGCAUGGUCCUCUGCGCGACGCACGGCGACGACGGCCCCAAGUUCGUCGAGGUGCCCGCGGGCGCGAAGCCCGGCGACCGCGUCGCGCUCCCGGGCCUCGACAACCCCCCCGCGUCGGACCGCCAGGUCGACAAGGGCAAGCUCUUCCCCAAGGCCCAGCAGCACUUCGUCACGAGGGGCGGCGUCUGCUUCUACAAGGACAAGCCCUUCGCCGUCAACGGCGCGAACUGCACGGCGCCCGUGCCCGACGGCGCCGCGAUCAACUAGGGGACUAACGAGCGCUGAUCCUU